AUGCCUAUCCUAAAAAUUUUCGAUGAUCACUACCAUUUUUCACAUCACACAGUCUCCAAGCGUUCACUGACGCCCUCGGUGCCGCAUCAGACGCGCUUGGAUAAUGACGAGCGGGUACAUUGGGCCAAGCAACAGCAGGCCAAGUCACGUCGGAAACGUGACUAUAUACGCAUGCGGCCGUCACGAACAUCGUCGCGUGCGCUUUCACAGGUGGAUACAGUUCCUUUAAACGACCCGAAAUGGGCGCAAAUGUGGUAUCUGAACCGCGGCGGCGGCUUGGAUAUGAAUGUGGUGCCUGCUUGGCAGGCGGGCAUCACCGGCAAAGGUAUUGUGGUGACAAUACUCGACGAUGGUCUAGAAUCGGAUCAUCCCGAUAUCGAGCACAACUAUGAUCCCGACGCUUCCUAUGAUGUCAACAGCCACGACAAUGAUCCGAUGCCACACUAUGACAUGACCGAUUCGAAUCGUCAUGGUACGCGUUGCGCUGGUGAAGUGGCCGCCACCGCCAAUAACUCAAUCUGUGCAGUUGGUAUUGCAUUUGGCGCCAGUGUUGGCGGUGUCCGAAUGUUGGAUGGCGAUGUGACGGACGCCGUCGAAGCGCGCUCCCUGUCGCUCAAUCCGCAACACAUCGACAUCUAUAGCGCGUCAUGGGGGCCGGACGAUGAUGGUAAAACCGUCGAUGGUCCUGGCGAAUUGGCGCAACGCGCCUUUAUCGAGGGUGUGACGAAAGGACGUCAAGGCAAGGGUAGCAUUUUUAUUUGGGCUUCGGGCAAUGGCGGGCGGGAGUUUGACAACUGCAAUUGUGACGGCUAUACGAACUCCAUUUGGACACUGUCAAUAUCUAGUGCCACCGAAGAGGGUCAUGUACCCUGGUAUUCGGAGAAAUGCAGUUCCACAUUGGCGACUACGUACAGUAGUGGCGGCCAGAGUGAGAAGCAGGUGGUGACGACAGACUUGCAUCACUCGUGUACGGUCUCGCAUACGGGUACCUCGGCGUCGGCGCCAUUGGCAGCCGGUAUAGCUGCGUUGGUGCUCGAAUCGAAUACGAAUUUAACGUGGCGUGACUUGCAACACAUUGUGGUGCGUACAGCGAAACCGGCAAAUUUACGGGAUCCAACAUGGUCGAAGAAUGGUAUCGGCCGGCGUAUUAGUCACUCAUUUGGUUAUGGUCUAAUGGAUGCGGCUGCUAUGGUGAAAGUGGCGCGUAAUUGGAAAACUGUGCCCGAGCAGCAGCGUUGCGAGAUAAAUGCGCCACAUGUGGACAAAGUCAUUCCACCCAGAAGUUAUAUCACAUUACAGUUAACUGUGAAACACUGCUCAUCCGUCAAUUAUCUGGAACAUGUUCAGGCGAAAAUCACAUUAACAUCACAACGUCGCGGUGACAUUCAACUGAAUCUGAAGUCACCGGCAGGCACCAAAGUUACUUUACUUACAUCACGUGUUCACGAUGUCUCUCGCUCUGGGUUCAAUCAAUGGCCCUUUAUGUCCGUCCAUACUUGGGGUGAGUCACCGCAUGGCGACUGGCAGUUGGAGAUACACAACGAGGGUCGAUAUAUGGGUCACGCCUUACUCCGCGAGUGGUCGCUGAUAUUCUACGGUACCACGCAGCCUAUCGACCCCAACGACCCCGUGUCUACGCCGCGCGCCAAUUCCGCCGAGAAUACAACGCCGAAUUCGAAUGCGGCGAGCACCACAACGAACCUCCAUCAGAUCUACUCGCCGCAAUAUCCACGCAUCUCAUCCAACAACAUUGCCAACAACAAUUUGGCGACGAAUGUUGUCGGUGCCAUCAACACCAUGCCGGGUGGGGGCGUAAAAAUUCCCAUUAAAUUACCAUCACCAUUGAACAAGUCCGUUUACACAGCCGCGAAUGGCGCAAAUAAUCCGCUGUUGAAUGUCGCGACUGGAAGUAGUAAAAAGCAACAACAACAACUGUAUAAACAACAACAGCAAACACAACCGCCGAGUUAUCAACAGAUUUCAGCGACCUACGGUGUCAUAUUGGGCUCGCAGAGCGGGAAGGCGGGCAAGAACGGCAAAGGGAAGGGAAAGUCUGGAGAAAAGGGUAGCGGCAAGGGAAGCGGGAAUGGCGGUGGUGGUAACAAAUCUGCAUCCAACAAAAAAGAACAGACUACAGCAACAAAUACGAAGAAUAAAUUCUACCGCAUAUCACAACAACAGCAACAAAGCGGCAACGGAAAUGGCAAGUCGAACGGAAAACCAUCACAACAAGGGGGGCGCAUAAAAGCACAAUCGGCGGAACGUUUACAGAGCUAUGACGACAAGAUGAGCCGCAAGGUUAUUGGGGAAAUAACAACAACAACUACAACUAGUGCUAACACCAAUACAAAAAGCAAUAAUGCAUAUGGCAGUGGUAGGACUAAGGUCAAAUCCGACCCGGAGGGUGCGACUGCUCUUGCGACCCCCGGUUCGAGCACAACGAACGCGGCAUCAAAAACCGCGUCCACGCAGAUAUCGAGCUACGCAAAGCUGCCCGUUAAAGCGACCAAACAAAUCAAAGAAUCGCUGCUGCCACUGCAAACGCACGAAAAACUCACGGUUGCCUCUUUCGCCGAUACGCGCAUACCGAAGCUCUUCGAACGUUACGAGAAGAUACAGGCAAUCUUUCCAGAAUUCCAGCCCUAUCAGGGCCCUAAAGAGAAGGAUACCACAGCGGCGGCGGCAGCAGCAGCCGCAGCAGCGUUAGCUGAAAAACGCAAACUAGCCGCUGCUGUGGCCAUUUCACCAUUGGAUUAUGAGGCAGAGACCUUUAGACCGAUGUUGGGUCCAAUGAAUAGUGAUGCCAGUGGCAGUGGCAAUAGCAACGGUAUCAGCGGGUCGAAACCAUCACGUGAGAAUGCAAAGAAGUCUUCGCCGAGUUUUGUGCCCGAUCAGAAGAUUAUCAAAAAGCAGCAACUGCUGCUUGCGGCAGCCGGUGUGAGCGGCGGCACACAGCGACCGAUAGGCGGAGUGCUCGGUGUGUUGCCCAACCGCAAGGGGAGCAGCGACAGUAGCAGCAGCAACGCGCAAAUCACACAAUGGGACUUGAUUUUCUAUGGCACUGAAACACCCGCCCAACCGGAAGACACAGUCCACAUUAGCGAUGGUCUAUUUGGCAAUGAUAUGGGCCACAAUGACAUCGAAUACGAUGCUAAUUUACAAUGGCGAAAUAUGCAGCAGGUUGGAGAAUCGAGUGCGAUGGCCAAUGAUAAGACGAAUACGUCCUGCCUGAAGGCGACAGCCGACCAAAGAUGUUUAGAAUGUGCAAUGCCCACAUAUUUUUACAACGGUCACUGCUACGACCAAUGUCCUACGCACACUUAUUCCAUCUCCAGCGACAGCAAUAAAGAUGCCAAUCCUACAGCCUCUGGCGCCCAAAAUGACAACAUCAUCUCGAAGGUGAGCGAAGCCGAUGAGGAUGAAUUGCAAUCGAUCGAUCGUAGACGGCGUACACGCCACGAAGCUGUGCGCCUUUAUGCCGAUACCAGCGAACUCUUGGAGCCAGCACGAUUGCGGCGUUGCGAACGAUGUGACGUUAGCUGCCAGCGCUGUUACGGACCACUCAACUCCCAAUGCAGCACCUGCCCGCCCGGCAGUCAAUUACGCAAAAUACCACAAACCAAUGAAACUUACUGCUACAUCUUUGCCGAACGCAGCUCCGGUAACAGUCAUGAUGGCCGCUACACCGCCAAAGUCGAGACGAUCAAUAGCGUAGAGCGCGGCAAAGGUAGCAAUGCAAUGACAAGCGUCAUCAUACUUAUGUUGAUCAUGGUGCCGGCACUGCUGAUCCUGAUCGUCGUCAUAUUCGUUGCGAGAACACGACGUAACAAUACACGACUGCCUUUUUUUCGGCGUGAUGUUGGGGCGGGAAACGCCGUCAUGCUACCAAAUGUCGCCUACGAUCGCGUAGCUCUGCUGACCGAUGACGAUGAGGGUGAGGGUGAAGAGUGUGAAGAAGCUGAUGUUGCAAAGGAGGAGCACGGUGACCGUGUUGGAGUGCGCGCCUAUCGCGAUGAAGUGACAAUUUGCGAGUUGAGUGGCGGCGAUGAUGGUACAGUUGAAAUCGAUUUGACGCCGACGAUUAUUGAAGCUGUGGGUAUGAGCGAAUCGGAGGAUGCCGCAGAGAAUGGCAACUGAGCGUUAGCAAAAGGGGAUUGUGCGGGUUCAAGUGCUCGUAGUAAUUGCCGUAUAUCGUCGUCCUACAAUUAUUAAGUAAAAACUAAGUAACAUUUGUGGUCCAUUUUAUUGCUCUCUGCGCCUUUAUAAUAGUUAAUUAUUUUUAUUUUAACUUAUUUAGUAUUCAUAUGCUUCCUGAAGCGCUUGCAGAUAUCAUAAAAUGACAUUUUAAACGAACGAACAAUUUCAAUGAAGAAAUAUAUACAAAUAUAUAUAUGCGAAAAACUUUUACAUGGUGCACACUGUCUUAUGUGUAAUAAUUAUAUAAUCAUAGAAAAUAUUUACUUCAAAUUCUUUGAUCAUUAAUCAACAAUGAUAAUAUAAUGGCUUCGAGCUUUGCAAACAUAUUUUUUCUAUAGUAAUUCUUUUUUGAUGCUAUCGUGAUUUUAUCUUAUAAGCCCCUCGAAACAAUUUACAAGAGGGGCAGCCUUAA